UUUAUUUCCAUUUUACGGUUUGUACUAACUCCAACCAAAUUCCACGCUGUGCCCAAGGGAGGACCCAGGGAAUCAGACGGAGAGGGUUGCGUGGGCGUUCGUAGAAUCAGCGGCAGGCGUGGUCUUCAACGGCGAAAUCAACGGCCUUGAUCUACCCCGCGGCCGACCUCAUCUUUUUCCAACCUUUCGUUGGUCGAAAGGAUAUCUUGACUUGUUUGAAAAUUUCUUCUCUGAUCCUUGACCAUCGAAGAGAGAGGGAGAGUUUAGAGCGAAGGAGAUAGAAAUAUGGGGGUGUUGAAUUUCAGCAAUGGGUAUGCGUAUUUAAUGGCGAUUAUGGUUUUGGUGGUAUUACCUUUAGACACAACAGCAAAAGAGCAAUUGAGUACUAGAGAAUGUGAGAAUCUGGGUUUCACAGGGCUCGCUUUGUGUUCUGAUUGCAACACUCUUGCUGAGUAUGUCAAGGACCAAGAACUGGUAGCAGAAUGUCUGAAGUGUUGCACGGAAGAUUCUAAUGACUCUUCCAGCAAGAUAACCUAUUCUGGUGCCAUAUUGGAAGUGUGCAUGAGGAAACUGGUUUUCUAUCCCGAAAUUGUUGGUUUCAUCGAAGAAGAGAAGGACCGCUUUCCUUUUGUUAAAGUUCAAUACGUUUUCAAUUCACCACCCAAACUGAACAUGCUUGAUGAUGCAGGUCAACAGAAGGAGACUAUAAGAAUUGACAACUGGAAGCGUGAACAUAUUCUGCAGUUCCUGCAAGAGAAGGUUAAGCCUACUUCGGCAUACUGAGUGGUCUUAUUCUCAAUCCUUUAUUGGCGCGCAUGAUUGUAAAGUUACCAAUUCAAAUUGGAACUUGGACACUUGAUGUUUGUUAACUGGGAAAUGCUUUUAGAUAAUGAAAUGACUACAAACAUGUAUUUGAUAGUUUUUACCGAUAUUGUUUGCCAUGUCAAUAGAUUUUCAGCUUAUUGUAGACGAUUUUAGAUUGAUAAACGGUUUUAGCUCAAGGAGAGAAGCUACCCCAUUUUGUAAGAUCCAUGAAAUACUUUUUGAUUUUGUCUAAAUGCACUAAUGCAGAUUUUGGAUA